AUGUCCCCCCCUGGCUCGGCCGCGGGAGAGAGCGCCGGCGGUGGCGGCGGCGGCGGCGGCCCCGGGGUCCCGGAGGAGCCCACGGCGGCGGCGGCGGACGAGGGCCCCGCCCGAGAGGAGCAGCGUCCCAUCCAGCCCUCUUUCACCAAGUCCCUCUGCCGUGAGUCCCACUGGAAGUGCCUCCUGCUCUCGCUGCUCAUGUACGGCUGCCUGGGGGCAGUGGCCUGGUGCCACGUCACCACGGUGACGCGCCUCACCUUCAGCAGCGCCUACCAGGGCAACAGCCUCAUGUACCAUGACAGCCCCUGCUCCAACGGCUAUGUCUACAUCCCCCUGGCCUUCCUGCUCAUGUUGUACGCCGUCUACCUGGUGGAGUGUUGGCACUGCCAAGCCCGCCAUGAGCUGCAGCACCGUGUGGACGUGAGCAGUGUGCGGGAGCGUGUGGGCCGCAUGCAGCAGGCCACGCCCUGCAUCUGGUGGAAGGCCAUCAGCUACCACUAUGUCCGCCGCACCCGCCAGGUCACCCGGUACCGCAACGGAGACGCCUACACCACCACCCAGGUCUACCAUGAGCGCGUGAACACGCACGUGGCAGAGGCGGAGUUCGACUACGCGCGCUGCGGCGUCCGCGACGUGUCCAAGGCGCUGGUGGGGCUGGAGGGCGCGCCGGCCACGCGGCUGCGCUUCACCAAGUGCUUCAGCUUCGCCAGCGUGGAGGCGGAGAACGCGUACCUGUGCCAGCGCGCGCGCUUCUUCGCUGAGAACGAAGGCCUGGACGACUACAUGGAGGCGCGCGAGGGCAUGCACCUCAAGAACGUGGACUUCCGCGAGUUCAUGGUGGCCUUCCCGGACCCGGCCAGGCCGCCGUGGUACGCCUGCUCGUCGGCCUUCUGGGCGGCGGCGCUGCUCACGCUGUCGUGGCCGCUGCGCGUGCUGGCCGAGUACCGCACGGCCUACGCGCACUACCACGUGGAGAAGCUCUUCGGCCUGGAGGGCCCGGGCUCGGCGAGCAGCGCGGGCGGCGGCCUCAGCCCCAGCGACGAGCUGCUGCCCCCGCUCACCCACCGCCUGCCGCGGGUCAACACGGUGGACAGCACGGAGCUCGAGUGGCACAUCCGCUCCAACCAGCAGCUGGUGCCCAGCUACUCCGAGGCGGUGCUCAUGGACCUGGCGGGGCUGGGGGCGCGCUGCGGCGGGGCGGCGGGCGGCGGCUACGCGCCCUCGUGUCGCUACGGCGGGGUGGGCGGCCCGGGCGCGGCGGGCGUGGCCCCGUACCGGCGCAGCUGCGAGCACUGCCAGCGCGCGGUCAGCAGCUCGUCCAUCUUCUCGCGCAGCGCCCUGAGCAUCUGCGCCAGCCCGCGGGCCGGCCCGGCGCCUGGAGGGGGCGCGGGCUGCGCGGGCAGCCGCUUCUCGCUCGGCCGCCUCUACGGCUCCCGGCGCAGCUGCCUGUGGCGCAGCCGGAGCGGAAGCGUCAACGAGGCAAGCUGCCCCACGGAGCAGACGCGGCUGUCGAGCCAGGCCAGCAUGGGGGACGACGAGGACGAUGACGAGGAGGAGGCUGGGCCGCCGCCGCCCUACCACGACGCCCUCUAUUUCCCGGUCCUCAUCGUGCACCGGCAGGAGGGGUGUCUGGGCCACAGCCACCGGCCGCUGCACCGCCAUGGCUCCUGCGUAGAGACCUCACUGUGACCUCCGGCCCCUGGAGAGGCCCGCGCCGCCGCCCUCCCGCCUGCUCCUCACCGGCGUGUGCUCACUGCGUGAAGCAGGGCGAGUCACGAUGGUGACUGAGGCUGUGCUGGGGGGAGGGGACAGGGGAGGGAAGGGUGCACCCCGAUGGGGCUGAGCCCCCCGCCGUCCCUGUACAUAAAGAGACAGGUGGGAGGGGAUGGGCAGCUCCCUGAGAAACCUACCCUGUUAGAAUCCUCUCUUCAAGCCCCACCCCUUAGUUUCUAAGGGGAGACCUCCUUUCCCUACACGCACACUCGAGAUGUCCUGUCUGGCCUCUCAACGGAUCUUCUGACUGUUAUUUGGCAACUGCGCUGUGGCACCCACGUUGGGCCUCAUCUCGAGUGAGCGGCCCUCGCUGUGCAUGCAGCCGGGAGGUUUAGAGGCUGUGGGGAAGGGAACUUGGGGCUGUCCUUCCUCCUUUACCUCACCCCCUGGGGUCUCUGUCUGUUGAGGGGGUGGUGGUUUGGUGACCAGCAGGCUGGCUUCCAACCAGCUAAUGAAUUCAGUGGGUCUGAGGCUGGGGCCAGGUGUCAGCCCAAUACUGCAUUCCAACACCGUGGAAAUAUUGCUGUCCUCUUCUUGGCGCUGACCCCAAAGACUGGGGUUUCCUUUCUGUCACUCCCUCCACUGUUGUUUAUCUCACUGGGCCCCAGGAGUCUGGGUCCUGGAGGGACUGCGCUCACCAUGCAGACCUCACUGCAGGCUCCCUCGCUGGGAAGAGCUGUUGCCAGGGUGCAGGGGGAGGGGCAGGUGAAGUGUGGAGGGCUGCGGACCUCAGUCCUUUCUCUAAACCCUGCAGCCUCCCAGCAGCCUUCUCACCUGGGUUCUGGACAGGUACUCUUUAGAGAGUGACGUGCCACCCAGGCGGCACUCAUUAAAGCUGGCCAGGGUGAGUGACUAAGUGGAGAGAGCAUGAGAUAGACCUGGGUGACAAUGGGGAACUCUGGAAGCAGGGGGGUGGGCGAGGAGUCAAGGGCAGUGGAGGGUAGAGCAAAAGGCCCUCCAAAGGUGGGGUAUCUGUGAGGAGUGGCCUUUGCCUCCCCUAGACCUGUGGGGAGGAAUGGAGUGUGCUUGUCCCUCACACACGCCUCUGCAGGGCUGAGGACAUCACAAGCCCCAGCUGGAGAAAUACUCAGUUCCAGUGGCAGGCUCAGAGGCAGGCGUUCUCUAAAUCUUGCCUGUUCCCUCCAUCCUCCCCUAUCCCAAGGGCUGAAGCCCUGCUGUCUGUCCCAGGGUCUUCAAAGGGGAAUCCUGCCAGCACCCCAGGGAGCUGGCCCUAUGUUCUGUUCCCCCAAAGCUCUGACACCGCCUUCUCUCCCCAUGCCCACCCCCACCACCUCCGCCCUGACGUGCUUUGGUGUGCAUGUCCGUGAACAACCCCCCUACCCUCUGAACUCCCCUAGCUAAAGUUUUCCCAGCAGAUUUAGCACCCAGGGAUUGAGCUCACAUUUCAGGCUAGAGAGGAUAAUUCUUGGGCCACUCACCCCUGAUGCUUCUUAUGUCCCCUGAACCAUCAGAACUCCUCCCCCCCCUUCAGCCCCGCCCAUCUUCCUCCAGCCCAGCCAGGCCAGUGGGCGUGGCCUCCACCUAUGCAACAUCUCCUCUGGCUCCCCUUCCCUCCUUCCCAGGGGGAAUGUGAGGGGCCCAAAUUGGAGGGACAUCACGGCCUAUGGCUCAUCAGGGAGUUGAGCUUUACUUUCAUGUAGGGAUGGCUAAGUGAGGAGGGAGAGGAGGCCAGAGAGGAGGCUUAGGAAGCAGGAACAGCUGCCCACCAGGUUUUCCUGGGCAGCAGUGCCUACCUGCCUGCCAGCACUGAGUCUGCCUGGACCCUAAGUCUGUGCUCUUCUGGGGCCUGCAAUUUGGAGCACCCCUCUUUCCUCUGAACGGACAUCUGUGAGGUGCAGGUGGUUAGCUGUAGCCUCAGGCCCCAGUCCUUGGCCAGCUGGCACCUGGAUGUCAUGUCCGGUGUGAGGGCAGCCCCGCCACCUCAUGGCUCCAAGGAGGGAGGGACUUGGCUCCUUCUCCUUCAGGCCUGUUCCUGAAACAGAGCCUGGCUUUGGAAGCGGGGAAGGGGGGCCCCUGUUAUUAUUUUUGCCUGUAUUGACCAUUUCUGCCUAGGUCUUCUCACACAAACAGCCUCAACUCCCACACACGCACAGACUUAGAGAGAAACCAAUUCUUUGGUCUAUUUUCUUGGUAGCUUUAUUGAUUGCCAGGGAAAAUGAAAACCAGAAAAUUAAUUAAUCUCUAAAAUUAAACUUUACACUGAAUGUUCUUGUUUCUCUAAUUAGAACCUCUGCUAGCAGCUGUGGCUACUUACACACACUCACACACACCCUCACACCUACACGUUUGCACUCUGGAACUGUCAGAGGGUGUCAGGCACAGACAGACUCUAGGUUGCCCAGACAGACACACACAUGCAAGUCACUCCCAAGUCCCCUUUGGUGCUCUGCUCAGCGCCUGCUGGUUGGAAGGAGUCCCUGGAGGGCAGACACUCCUUGAUCCACCCUUUGGGGACACGGGUCUGGAGGUUCUGGGCCACUCAGCCCAAGGAGGGUGGGGGAUGGGGCUCAGCCUGAAUCCAUCAGGUCCUCUUGUGGCCCCAUAGGCUGAUGUGAUUCCUGUGGGUGUGGGCCCAGGUUGGGCAGCCACACAGCGAUGGGGACUCAUGGAGGGCACCUGGGAGGCUCCAUGUGUCCUGAGGACAAGGGCUUGUGGGGUGGGCUGGGCCUGGCUGGGGAGAAGACAGGUCUCUGUCAAUUGGGUGCAUCACACUGUGGCCUUUCUGUUGUGGAUUUCCAAGCGCAAAGAUUGUACAGAUCAAACUGGUGGACAAUAAAGUUGUGGAUGACUCACUGAC